AUGUUGCCUCAACCUGGUGUCCCCAUUACGAUCAACGACCCAGCAAAGAUUGACCAGCUCAACCAAUUGUCAACCAGCGUAUACGAAUGCGUGGAAAAGCUUGUCUCAGCACUCGAUGCCAGAGCAUCUUGGCUCUUGAAUUCCGAGCAACUGAAUGCAGCCUUGAAUGACGCGAACGUCAUGAUCGGUAUUGCACCUUCGUCACCUCUUGGCUACUUGAAUGCUGGGAGUAUCUAUGUUAUGGCGAAACAACACAAAUCGGCUAUUGAUAUCUAUGACAAAGGGCUGCAUCACGUACCAAAGACCGAUCCAAGAUAUCAUCAGCUCAUCGAAGCAAAAGCCAAUGCAGACAACAAGAGAGAUAAGCGUGUCGACUUUAUAAGCAAGCUACCUUUGGACGUGGUGAUGUGCAAUAUUAUUCCAAGGAUACUGUGUGGCCAAACAGAAAUCGUGAUUGGAAUGGAUCAUGAAUACUUGAAGGUGUGUCGUGCUUGGCAACAGAGGAUAGCAAUGAUGGAUGACUUGAUGUUUCGUGUUGGACCUUGGCCAGUACCCUGUCAUCAGCAUCUAUUGGAUAUGGCCCCUUGUAUCAAAUCGCUUAAUGUCGUCGAGAAUGACCAAGACAUUUUCACCAAGCUUCCGGAAGGUGCUCGUUUUCAUUCUUUGAAGCAAUUGAAUGUUUUUUAUCUUACUUCAGCAAGACCCUCCCCUCCGUUAUUGUUGGAUCUGCUAUCAUCGUUGAGAUCAUUGACCCACCUCACCAUUGAUUGCGUGUUCGGAUUGCACAAAUGCCGCCUAUCCCAUAUUCUCGAUGCAUGCACAAAUCUCGUGGCGAUAUCCGUUGCAUACCUUGACUAUGACAUGUCUGAGGCAUCCAAGGCAUACUCAAACAUCACCAAAUUGGAAAUCAAAUCAUACGUCAGCGAUGUUAAGAUUGCAGGGCUUCUUCAGCAGCUUCCGAAUUUGCAAUGCCUUCAGCUUCAAUGCAUAUCAGAUAACAAUGCCCAAGUGCUAUCAGUCAUCCAGCAGCAUGGUUCACACCUACAAGACCUCUUUUUGUCCAACAAACGUUUUUAUCGCCCUGAAAGCAUAUGCGAGGGUCAAACGAAAGGGUUACGAGCACUACAUACUUCCUGUGAGAGAAGCUACGCAACGAUAUCAGAGCGUCGUAUCCAUGCUAACAACAUGCGUCAGCUAUUCACCGAAGAUGACAUGGUACGAUUUAUCAUGCGGCACUGUGAAACGCUAGAGAUGAUUACGAUCGAUACCCCUCGUGCAUUCGCUCCACCAAAGAGACUGCUGAAAAAAGAUAGCACUCAACGGAUCACAUUCAGCCGUUUGCGCACAUUACGUUUUCCUUCCGAUAGCCAAAAACAUCUUGUUCCUUUUUUGAUGUGGAUCAUACGACGUGCACCUCAUUUGGAAUCAGUUGAUACAGUUCAUGGUGCCAUUAAAGAGCCUUUGAUGCACGAGCUCUUGAGUCCAACACGGCCGCAAUAUUUGAAGAAGAUUGGAUUAGUCGCGGACAGGUCAACGCACGUGUACGAAGAACAAUUCAUCCAACACCAUAUUCGAUUGGGUCAUUACUCCAACUUGAAAGAAAUUACCGUCACCAUCAGCCCUUGGACACUCUCAAAUCCAUGGAUCCUUUUGAUUGGGCAAUUGACGCAGUUGACCCACCUUGAAGUAUGCUACAAGGGAUAUGAUGUUGUGGAUGGAUCGGUAUCGCCCUUUAUUGCUGAGAUCGCUUCCCGGUGCUCUUGUCUCGAACGAUUUACAUUUACUGCAACACCAUGCAAGGUCGAUUAUAAGGAUUUCAGUGGGAUCGCGCCUCAUAGCAAUCUAAAAACUCUCGUUAUCAAGGCCAGUGAGCUACGCGGUGACGCACUUUCAUUUGCUCGUCGACACGACAGCCUCCAUUCAUUACAUGUUACGCUUUUCAAAUUCAAUUGGGUCGACAUGGAUGUAUUAUUAGAUAAAGGAACAUUUCAACUUGUAUGUACGCAGAAACGUUAUAUGUCUGUUUUUAUGUAA